AUGCCACCGUUUCGCGUUACAAAGCUAUCACGAGACACCAAGAGGCUGUUUAGAGAAUACAAAAUACACAAGAAAGUUGAUUCGAUAUUCAAAGCAAUGUCCAAGGAGUUGGCCAUAUGCGGCCUCGACAUUGAUCUUCCCUUUGUCCCUGAAGUCUCAGGUUUCUAUCCCAACAUCUCGUCCUCGCCGUGCUCUGAAACCCUCAAGCACCUCAAAGGUUUUCCAGCCGACGCAAGCGGGUAUUUCAUGGAGUAUAUCCGUCCCCUGAAUGAGCAUCAUACCAAAUAUCUCAUCAAGCGUUAUUUGACCCGUAGCGCGCAGUGCCAGGCUCUCAGCACCGGCCAAUCCAAACACUUUCUCGCAAAGGUCUACCUCGGAGACACUAAGCCGCUGUCUGAUCCAUGGAAUACUAAUAUGCACGAUCGCCCAGCAUAUCUGGAUCACUUGCUCGCAGAGCGCGUCGAAGUUUCUUAUCUCGCCGCUUCCAUGGGUGCAACUCUCGCAAUACUUCAUUGGAGCUGCGGUGUUGAUGCUCGAGGCGUGGAAUUUGUCCUUGGGAGAGAUGCCCGGGGCCAUGUGCAGUUCUGGCUGAUUGAUUUUGCUGACUGCGCAUCGUUUCCAAAAACCCCUGAAGCUGUCACCACACAGCUUGUAAAUGCGGUGAUGGAUAACGAGCCAUUCUGGCCUCGGUUUAUAAACAUCCAAGCCUUGAGAGAACUGUGGGCGCAUUUCAGAGACGCCUAUCUUGCAAUUAGCGAUUUUAUCAUGACUGAUGCAAUGAUUGCUCAUGAUAAUGAUGCUGUACGAGCACUUCCAUGCUUAUUUAUGAUGCAGUUGGAAAAAAUAAGAGGUUCUGGCCAGCUCUUGGCAUAA